UUCCCGACGGUUCGCGCGGAGCGGUGUACCCGCCGCACUGUACACUGUAACGCGAAAUAAAUAAUAAAUAAUAUAAACGCGAAUUUGAUAUACACAUAGGAAUUAUAUGCAGGAAUAAUAAAGCCAUACCGCCGUGACACGAAUAAAGACGCAUCGGAAGAGAGGCGUAUGUUGUUUUCGAUGUUCUUGCUGCAGGCAGUGAGUGUGCCGCCGCCUACUUCUCUUCUUUUGUGAGGCAAACAAAAGCCAUCCGUCAACGUGUGCGUGUGCGUGUCGUGUGCGUGUGUGAGAGCGAGUGGGUUUCGGAUCGGUACUGCAAUCCGCAUCCAUCGGGAUCGUAAAGGUGCUCCAAGCAACAAAGGCUCCCUCCUCCUUUGUAAAUGCGUAGCGUGCCAAUUUAAUUGUGUUAUUGUUGUUGCAACAGAAAGCAGGAAUGGAAUAACAUAAGCUAAUGUGUAUUUAAUAGUGCGUCGUCUCGUGUGUCUUUCAAAGUUUAAAUUCAAUCCAUUAUACCAGAACACACAAGGCUCCCCCGCCUCCCCAUACCAGGAACACUCCCAAUAGUGCGACCACCAGCCCUGGUUCUCCUUCCUCUUUUGCCCCUUCCAGAGACACACAUUGUGUGCGUCAUAUGUAAAACAGGAGCGGGAGUUAAGGAAAGAGCAGCAGCGAGAGACAGAGAGAGCUGAAGGAAUAACGGGAAGACGAGCUGGACAAAGGGACGAGCUCCAGGAACAAAAGGAAAGAACAGCUGGAAAGUAGACGAAGAAGUUGGCCACAACAAACCCGAAAGAAGAAGAAACACGAAACAAAACAAAGCAUAUCCCCGACCCCCACUGCUACCGCGCUUAGUUUCUGCUUCCGUUGCUGUUCCGCAGCUGGCUCUGCCACUGGCGCUGGUGCCACUGCGCGUGUGUCAACCCUCGCGACCGCGUCCAAACGAGAAUUAACAAACAAAAAAGUGUAAGAAGUUCAAUUUACAAUUACGAAUCGCUAGUCCAACACCGAAUUUAAUUCCAGUCCGAAAAAGAGCUCUGAAAAAGAGUGUAAAUCUUAGUGAAGUAAAGUGAAAAGUUUUAUUUUGUCCUAAUUAAUAAAAGAGCGAGAAGAACAAAACGAAAAAGAAAUGUGGUACACAUGUGUCGGCGGCCUGCUGCUGCUGGCUCUUCUGGUUGCAAAUACAUGCAACGCCAUCCAGGAUCUUCUCCCCGACCACCAUAAGCAUGUAACAGAGGAGCGUCAGAAACAGCAGCCGCCCAUGGCUGAGCAGAACGACUUGCAGAACGGGCGAGCCGGCAAGCCAAAGAGCGUCAUCUCUGAGGAUCUUAUGUACAAUUACCUCAUGCAGUUUGAUUAUCUGCCCAAGUCGGACCUGGAAACGGGAGCUCUGCGCACCGAGAAGCAGCUGAUAGAUGCAAUACAGAGUCUCCAGUCUUUUGGCAACAUUCCAGUUACGGGCGAAAUCGACGCGGCUACAGCCAGGCUAAUACAGCAGCCCCGCUGCGGUGUGGGCGACAAGAGGUACGCGUAUAAUUUCUCCCCCGACAAUCUGGAUCAUGACAAUGGCAAUGGUGUACGUGUGCGGCGUUAUGUCCUGCAGGGACCCAAGUGGAGCAAAACGGAUCUAACAUGGAGCCUGGUCAACCAAACGAUGCCGGAUGCGGGCAAGAUUCGAAUGAUGGUGGCCCGCGCAUUGAGCGUGUGGGAGAAUAACUCCAAGCUGACGUUCCGCGAGGUGUACAGCGAUCAGGCGGACAUCCAAGUGCUCUUUGCACGUCUCCAGCACGGCGAUGGCUAUAAAUUCGAUGGUCCCGGCCAGGUGCUGGCCCAUGCCUUUUAUCCCGGCGAAGGACGUGGCGGCGAUGCCCAUUUCGAUGCGGACGAGACAUGGAACUUUGACGGCAACGCGGAUGACAGUCGAGGAACCAACUUUCUGAAUGUGGCGCUGCACGAACUGGGUCACUCCCUGGGACUGGGCCACUCCUCGGACUCGGAUGCGGUCAUGUUCCCAUGGUACCAGAACAACGAGGUAGAUGGCAAGCUGCCGGACGACGACCGCACUGGCAUUCAGGAGCUGUACGGCUCCAAGGAGAAGACAUGGGGACCCUACCGGCCGCGCACCACACCGAGCACCACGACCACCAGCACCACGAUGCGAACGCUCAGCUACUAUCCCCAGCGGCCCAACAAUCGGCCGCGGUAUCCCUCGAACUAUGAUCCCAACAGGGAUCGUGAGCGGGAACAGGAGCGGGAGCGGCAGAGGCAGCAACGGGAGCGGGAGGAGGAACGGGCACGUGAAAGGGAGCGAGAACAGGAGCGAGCACGCGAGCGCGAGGAGAGGGAGAGGCAGAGGGACAGAGAGCGUGAGCGUGAGCGGGAAAGGGAAAGGGAGCGCAUGACAACCACCACAAGGACGCCAACGACGCCUUCCCAGCAGCCAAGGCCGCGACCGUAUCCAACCACAGGACAGCGGCAGCACCAGCAUCACAACCACCACAGGCCGCACAAGCCGCGCAAGCCGAAGCCCGACAGCUGCAUGACCAGCUACGAUGCCAUUUCCAUGAUACGCGGCGAACUGUUCAUCUUCAGAGGACAGUUCCUUUGGCGCAUCGGGGCACGCGGCAUGUAUCCUGGCUACCCAACGGAAACGCGCCGCCACUGGGCUGCUCUGCCCGAGAACUUCACCAGAGUCGAUGCGGUGUUCGAGAACACGCAGCGCCAGAUCGUCUUCUUUAUUGGUCGCCAGUACUAUGUGUUCAAUUCGGUUACCUUGGCCAACGGCUAUCCCAAGCCACUGGCCAGCCUGGGACUGCCUCCGACAUUGUCGCACAUUGAUGCCUCGUUCGUGUGGGGCCACAACAACCGCACGUAUCUGACCAGUGGCACCCUCUACUGGCGCAUCGAUGACUACACGGGGCAGGUGGAGCUGGAUUAUCCGCGGGACAUGAGCAUUUGGUCGGGCGUGGGCUACAACAUCGAUGCCGCCUUCCAGUACAUCGAUGGCAAGACGUACUUCUUCAAGAACCUCGGCUACUGGGAGUUCAACGACGAUCGCAUGAAGGUGGCCCACGCCAAGGCGAAGCUGUCGUCCCGCAAAUGGAUGCAGUGCGCUCGUAGCGUCAACGAAGUGGACGACGAGCAGCGCUAUACGGCGCCCCUGGUCUCCGGCGAGGAAGAGACAACGGAGGCGAGCGGCACAAGGGAACGUCGGAUCAGUCUCCAUCUGCUUCUGGCCCUGCUGCUCGCCACAGCUUGGAGCAGUUAAGACUCAACGGAGGGCCUAGGUUUAGCCAUACUUAGCAGUAAGCGCCACGAUUCGCCUCAUUUGGAUUCGGAUCCCUCAUUUUCCUCACAACCAGCACUUACACACAUACACACAUAUAAAUGCAUACAUACGAAUACGAGUAUAUUUAGAUGUUACUUUGAGCAGAGCGCAACUGUGUGACAGUCUGGCGCUUGAUUGCCCCCAAAGACGACACCCGAGCGGCCUUUUAUAGAAUUAAGGGCACAAAAAUUAGCAGUCAAGUGGCAAUCAUCCAUAGACGCAGGAGUCUAGAACUCGCCACUUGCUGACUCAUCCUUGGACACUUGCCAAUCGUGGACACUGGAGCACCAAUAGCACCAAUAGCACCAAUAGCACCAAUAGCAGGGCUGUUUCACCAGAUCUAAAUACGAUGAAUAAGAGAUACAUACAUAUAUAAAGAUAACAGGAUAAAACAUACAUAUAUAUAAACCUUAGCAAUACGAGUAUGUAGGUGUAGAGCAUAUGCAUGCAUACCGGAAAAGUCGACCAUUUAGGAUUACCCAUGAUGGAAAUUUCGGAACCACAACUGCCUUAUAAUUAAGUACAGUAUUGCUUCUGAGUGACGGAACAGGCACGGAUCCAUCCAGCUGAGAGCUGUGAGCUGUGAGCUGUCCACCUGCCCUGUCUCUAUCUACUUUUCAUUUGACCGAACCGUUCUAACUAUUUAUAUAUAAAUGUGAUAUUAUCAUAAAUUCGCGAUGGUAAACGCGCGAUUGUAAACGAAAGAAAAACUCAAACAAACACACA